AUGAAAUCAUAUUCGGCUAGUCAUAUUAGUAAGUUGAUAAUAGGAACUAACAUCUGUAGGCUACUCAGAAUAAUCUGCGUAAACAUUACUUUAUCUUAUCCAGGUCAUCCGUCAUAUUUAUCAUUUGAAAUGUCAUAUUAUUUCAUGAGUGUAUUUAUUAUUGUAAUGUCGUUAAGGCUUCAAGUUUUAUCAAAUCAUAUUUCCAAAACUAUGGGUGAAAGGCCUAAAAUUUCGACACAUGUUCUUGAUACUUCUAGAGGUCUCCCAGCUUCUGGUUUAUCUGUCAGCCUAUACUAUUUUAACAAUGGCCAAUGGACCUUAAUUAAAGAAAGUACUACUAACUCAGAAGGAAGGUGCCAAGAUUUGAUUUCUUCCCUUGCUUUUACUCCUGGUCGUUAUAAAUUACACUAUGAAAUAGAAAAUUAUUUUACUUCUAAAAACAUAGCAACAUUUUUUCCAUUUAUAGAGGUUGUUUUUGAUGUUUCUUCCAAAGAAGAACAUUAUCACGUACCUUUGCUAUUAAGUCCAUUUGGUUACUCAACCUACAGAGGAACCUAA